AUGUCGAGAAUCGAUAAGCUCUCCAUCUCGGGCGUCCGGUCCUUCAGCCCGGCCGUCCGCGAGGCCAUCCAGUUCAACACCCCGCUGACCCUCAUCGUCGGCUACAAUGGCUCCGGCAAGACGACCAUCAUUGAAUGCCUCAAGUAUGCCACCACGGGAGAGCUGCCGCCAAACAGCAAGGGCGGCGCUUUCAUACAUGACCCAAAGCUGUGUGGUGAAAAGGAAGUCAUGGCGCAGGUCAAGCUGCAGUUUCGAUCCAUCAACGACCGCCAGCAUGUCGCGACGCGGAGUAUGCAGCUCACCGUCAAAAAGACCACCCGCUCCCAAAAGACCCUCGACUGCUCCCUCGUCGUCGUCAACAAUGGCGAACGGACGACGACCUCGACAAGACAGGCCCAGCUGGACGAGAUGAUACCCGAGCGCCUUGGCGUCUCCCCGGCGAUCUUAGACGCGGUGAUAUUCUGCCAUCAGGACGAGUCGUUGUGGCCCCUGAGCGAGCCCGCCGCACUGAAGAAGCGAUUCGACGAGAUCUUCGAGGCUUUGAAGUACACCAAGGCCAUUGACAACCUCAAAGUGCUUCGCAAGAAGCAGAUGGAGCAACUGGGCAAACUACAAAACGACGAGGCGCACAACAAGGUCAACAAGGAUCGGGGAGAGCGCGCUGAGAAGCGCAUGACCGGCCUGCAGGCUGAGAUUGAGGAAGCUCGCGACAAGUGCGAGGGCCUGUCCACGGAGAUGCAGGACACGCAAGACAAGAUCAAGCAAAAGUAUGAACAAGCGAACAGCUUUCUGCAAAUUGUCCAGAACCUCAGCAACAAGAGGGAGCAGCUCGAAUACCGCCAGGAUGCCGUCGACGAACUCAAGCAAACGUUUGACGAGCUUCGCGAGGACGACGCGUCCCUCGAGGAGUCGUUGGCUCAGUACGAGGAAAGCAUGGAACGGCAGAGGGACGAGGAACAGCAAAACAGGACGCAAUAUAACGAUCUGCAGAAAGAGCUGGCUGACUCUCGCAAGAGCUUGUCGGCGAAACUGUCAGAGCAGGGCAAGCAUCAGUCCGACAAAGACAAGUACGAGAGGCAGCUCAAGGCCCGUGUCGACAUGGUUCAGGACGCCGCCCAGGCCCACGGACUCAGGGGCUACGACGGAGACUUGACGGAGCAGGACGUCAAGUCUUUCAACGACAAGAUCCAGAAACUUCUAGCCGACAGGAAACGUGACCUUGAGCGACUCCAAAAAGAGAAUGCGGCGGAACUCGACAAAGCUACCGCCCAGAUCACAGAUCUGGAAGGGCGCAAGGCGGCUAGGACGCAAGACCGCGUCUCUGCCAAGCAAAGGAUGAACGCCAUAGACAAGCGGACGCAAAUCCUGCAGAACGAGGCUGGUUUGAUAAAUGUCGAUGAAGGCGCCAAGGCAAUCCUGGAUGGCCAACUGGAGGAAGUCGGGACCAAGCUACAACGGGCCCAGCAAGAUUUCGAAAAGGCCAACUGGGACAAGCAGAUCGCCGACGAGAACAGCAACCUGUGGCAACAGGAGAAAGAAAACGAAAAGCUAGGCCAGGAGCUGGUGGAGUGCACUCGCCUCGCCUCAGAGAGGGCCCAGCUAGACUUCAGAAAGAAGGAAGUGGCAGAUCGAAAGCGCAAGUUGGAGACUUUGGCGAGCACCUGGAGGCCGAAGCUCUCUGCGAUUGUCGGAGAGAAUUGGGAGCCAGAGACCCUAGAGCCGAAGUUCCAGUCAUUGCUUGCGAAACAGAGCAAAAGCCUGCAGGACGCGCGGAAGAAGCGUGACCAAGCCCGGGAAAAGCAACAAAAGGUUGAGUACCGGCUCAAGACCGCAAAGGAGUCACAGGACAGCAAGUCGCAGGACGCAACCGAACGGAAACAAGAGGUUCUCGCCGCCCUCCGAAAGGUUCGCGACGGAGCGGUCAUCGAAGACUUUAGCGAGGAGGUCACCGCCGUGGAGCAGCAGGUGGAGGAUCUCAGAAACGAGUUGAGUCUCUUCGACGCACUUGUUGACUACUAUAGCAAGUGCAAGCGAAUGCUGGAGACCAAGAAGCGAUGUCUCUUGUGUGAUCGGCACUUUGACGACUCGCAAAGCGCAAGCCUCGACCGCUUGAGCAAAAAGAUUGACAAGCACUUGGAUCCCAAGGGAAGAGGCGAGGUGCAGACAGAUUACAAAGAGGCAUUGGCAAGCCUCGAGUCGCUGCGCGCGGUUCGGGCGUCAUACGAUACCUACGAGAGGCUGUCCACAGAAGUACCGAAGCUUCGAGAUGAGUACAAGGCGAUUCAAGCCGAGCACGACGCGUUGGAGCGCCAGGUGGAAGAGCUCGAGUCUGCCGUCUCCAGCGAGGAGGAAAAGCACAGAGACAUGGAGGAGCUGUCCAAGACAGUCACCAACAUUUCGCAGACCAUUAAGGACAUCCAAGAAUCCGAGGGCCAAGUGGAGCGAAUUAUGUCUCAGCAGUCAGCUGGCGCUGUGUCUCGGAGCGCAGAGGAGAUCCACGAAGCCCAGGCCGCCAUCGCAGAGCAGAUGAGGGGCUUGAAAAGCCGGAUCGCAAAGCUCACGAGCGACCGGCAGCGGAUGAAGGAUCAAAUAAACGGCCUCGAGCUGGAGCGAAGCGAACUGAACAACAAGAUCGGUCGUGCGGCGGGGCAGCUUGAGAAGAAGAAGGAUCUUCUAGCACAGAUUCAGUCUCUCAAAGAUGACCACACAGCGCAGCGAGAGAUCAUCCAGCGGGCGGACGAGGACCUGGAAAGUCUGGAGCCAAGCAUUACCGAAGCACGGUCAGUGCGGGAUGAGACGCUGCGACAUGGCCGCCAAAAAGAGCAGGUCAUCAUCGACGAGCGAGAUGCCAUUGCCAACUCUGUGAGCGAGAUCAAGAUGCUGGACAGCGACAUUGCAGACUAUAUCGACAGAGGCGGUCCAUCCAAUCUUGCUUCGAACCAGCGGGCCAUAGCGGCUCUGGAAAAGUCCAUCAGCAACACAGAAAAGGACAUUACAGACGUCACCGUGCGGACAAACAAGCUCAAGCAGGAUAUCGCCAAUGGAGACCGCAAGAAGAAGAACAUUAGCGACAAUCUCAAUUAUCGCAAGCAUCUCCGCACGCUCGAGGUCCUGCGCAAGGACAUUGCGGAACUCGAAGAUCGCAACGCGCAUGAGGACUAUGAAAGGCUGCAGGCUGAAGCACGAUCACUGGAGAACCAUUCGAACCGCCUGUUCGCGGAGCGAGGCUCCGUCAUGGGGACCAUGAAGACCAAGGACGAGGAGCUGGGGAGGCUGCUGCAGGAAUGGGAGAUGGACUACAAGGACGCCAAGCAAAAGUAUCGCGAGUCGCACAUCCGCGUGGAGACCACCAAGGCGGCCAUCGAGGACCUCGCGCAGUGCGGCGCCGCCGUCGACAAGGCCGUGAUGCAGUUCCACUCGCUGAAGAUGGCCGAGGUGAACCGCAUCGCGGGCGAGCUCUGGCAAAGCACCUACCAGGGCACCGACAUCGACACCAUCCUGAUCCGGUCCGACAACGAGUCCAGCACGGGCAAGCGCAACUACAACUACCGGCUCUGCAUGGUCAAGCAGGACACGGAGAUGGACAUGCGCGGGCGUUGCUCGGCCGGCCAAAAGGUGCUCGCCAGCAUCAUCAUCCGGCUGGCGCUGGCCGAGUCGUUUGGCGUCAACUGCGGGCUCAUCGCGCUCGACGAGCCCACCACCAACCUCGACCGCGACAACAUCAAGAGCCUCGCCGAGAGCCUGCACAUGAUCAUCAAGACGCGCCAGGCGCAGAGCAACUUCCAGCUCAUCGUCAUCACGCACGACGAGGACUUUUUGAGGCACAUGCGCUGCAGCGACUUUUGCGACAGCUUCUUCAGGGUCAAGCGCGACGAGAGGCAGAACAGUGUCAUUGUGAGGGAGAGCAUCACCAAGAUUUUCUAG